AACGCGAUCAACAUUCCUUGAAAAUGGACCCUACCAUGAUUCCUUCUCCGAAGUUCACUGGGAGGCAAGCGUACUCGUUCAAGUUGCCUCUUGGGGAUUCGGUUGUGAGAGCGCAACUUCUUUCAGGCGAUAAGAUCUUACUUGCAACAACUGAUCGCCUCCACGCGAUUGAAGGCGCCUUGACUCAUUGGGGCCGCGGGAAAAAGCUGAAUCGCGAUAAAAUCGGCGAAUUUAUUCUCGCAUUUGAUGAGUCAAAACGAUUGCUCAGUGUCGUCGCUAGAGAGAGGCUUUUGUUGCACAUAUUUGUUCACUACAGCACCCGUGAUUUUCAGGCUUCUGGCAGCGCGAUCAACUUAACUCAGUGGUAUGGCGAAAGAGUCUCUAUCAUUCAUGCGUGCUUUAUCUGUGGUAGCGAAGAGCUACUGCUAGUCGAUUCAUUGGCACAAGCCAGAAUAUACUCCCUGACAACGAUGCAGUUUAGACCUGCAACACUUGAUCUCAUUCAGAUCCCUAAGGCAGUUUACUCUACUCCAGAUGGUUCUUGUUUGAUCGUCACUCAUGAUGUCGUCGAUUCGGACAAAGCAGCAAUUACUCGAAAGUUCGCCAUCAAGUGUCAGAAGAUUGUCCAGAACGAACAAGACGCAAACUUCAUUUCUCGCCUCCACGCUGGACAGUUGAAUAUGAUCCCAUGGCCGGUGAUCGAGUCGCAGGAAUUUCACCAGUUGUUCCCAGCCCUUAAGCGUCAGUUGGACAAAAAAAAGAAGCUGCUUGGGGAUUGGGCAGCGACACCGUCAUCACUGUAUCUGGCAUCAGGCCUGCGUUGAGAGCGGCGAGCAGGCUAGAUGUAGUUGCGAAAAAGGCAUAAGCUGUAUUGAGCACGAAUAGGAUAUUUGCAUAAAUUAC